CGCAGCCAAGCUGUUAAACUGUUACUAGAUCAAGGAGCUGAUAUUAAGGUCAAGGACAAACUCGAGCAAACCGUGUUACAUUUAUGUGCGAUGAAAAACAACCAAUCGAUGGCUAAAGUGUUGCUGCAGCGCGGCUCCGGACUGAAUUCACAAGACAGACUCAAGCGAACACCACUUCUUCUAGCAAUAAUUUACAGAAAUCAGGAAAUCGCUAAAUUUUUCUUGCACGAAGGAGCAGACGUGACCAUCAAAGAUAGACUGGGGACAACCCCACUUCACCAAGCAGUCGCUGAAAGAAUGACAGAAAUCACUAAGCUGAUAGUCAGCAGAAACUCCAUCAAUGUGAACACCAAGGAAAAAAUAGUAGGAAGAACUCCACUACAUGUUGCUUGUGCCAAAAACUACCAUCGACUAACAAGCAUUCUUCUAGACCAUGGAGCAGACGUGAACUUGACAACCUCUUUCAGAAAAUCUCCUCUACAUCUGACUGUUUUAAACGGCGAUACAGAUAUGGUGCCAACUUUACUCAGUCACACACGCAACAUAAACAUGUUGUCACUAGGCAACAAAACAGCACUGCAUAAUGCAGUUGAAGGCGGCCAUUACAACAUAGCAAAUCUGUUGAUACAAGCAGAUGCAAAGGUCAACUCUCACGAUCUUCAAGGAUUAACUCCCUUA